AUGGAGAAGGACGGUAGCGCAGCCGGCGCCGCCAACACUGCCGAGGCAAAACCCGUGGUGCCGCCAGUGGAAGAGACGAAGCCUACGACUGUUGUUGAGGAUGUUCCCGACCCCGAUGAAGACGAUUUGGACGACCUGGAUGAUAUGCUCGACGACUUUGCCGCCGUGAAUGUGGAAUCAAAGAAAGCAGCACCACCUGUUGCGCCAGCUGCGAAGACCACUGCGGCUGGCCCAGGGAGGCCCGCGGCAGCUGUGGAAGAUGAUUCUGAGGAUAAGACACUCGAAGAGAUGCUGUCUUCCGACGAUUUUGCGAAGCAGCUCCAGGCUGGCAUGGCUGACUUGAUUGGGGAAUUUGAAAAGAAUCCCGAAAUGCAGGCGCAGUUCGACAACGUUUUCAAACAGAUGAGUGCAGCUGCUCAAGAAACGGAAACCACUCCCGAAGGCACGACCGGAGCAAAAGCGCCACCACCGCCAACCUCAGCUUCGUCUUCAAGCAAAGCUACCGUUUCGGACCCCACCGCCGACGGUUCUUUCCAGGAGACCAUUAAGAAAACCAUGGAGCGCAUGCAAGCAUCCGGACAGCAGGCGACGGCUGCUGCGGCAGAGUCUUCGACCGAAGACUUCCUCGCGGAGAUGAUGAAGCAACUCGGGGAAGGCAAUCUCGAAGGCGGUGGUGGCAACGAAGAGGAGUUCUCAAAGAUGCUCAUGGGCAUGAUGGAGCAGCUCACCAACAAAGAAAUCUUGUACGAGCCCAUGAAGGAGCUCAACGACAAGUUUCCCGAAUGGUUGGCAAAGAAUCGGGAAAAGACACCGGCAGAGGAUCUCAAACGGUACGAGGAUCAACAAGCACUGGUUAAGGAGAUCGUGGCCAAGUUUGAGGAAAAGUCGUACGCCGAUUCCAACGCGGCGGACAGAGAAUACAUUGUGGACAGGAUGCAGAAGAUGCAAGCUGCUGGCUCACCCCCAUCCGAUCUAGUUGGUGACAUGCCAUCAGCGCAAGAAGCCUUCAAUGGAGACGAGGGCUGUAAUCCUCAAUAA